CUUCCGAACAUCGAACAAAUUGAGGAUUGUUUAUUACUAUCUUCUUUGUGUGCGCGCUCCGUGUGUAUACACAGAUGUCAUACCAAAACUCCCAAAUAUUUCAACGGUUUGUUUAUUUCUUGGCAAAUAAGUAAACCUUCACUAUUGGGAAAGUAGCAGCUAAGCCUUUUGACAAUGAAUAAAUGCACAAUUUGCCACAGGAUUUCACCCGAUUUAACGCCAAUAGCCAUAAGCUGGGUCCCAGAACAUCAGCUCUGUGCGCGCUGUCUGUUUGAUUUACUAGCCCGAGAAUACGGAAGUGAUCUGUCCAGUAGUAGUGAUCUAGACAGUGAUUGCAGUGCAAGGGAUUCUAUUUCCGCGACAGCGCUAGACGACGGGAACGGUUUUCCUGACUUGGAACGGACUGAGAUAAAUAUUGAACCCGAAAUUUUGAUAGAAAACCAAUUAAGUGAUGUUGAUAAUGACCGGACAAACGAGUGCGGUAUAGAGUUGAGCAGUAAAGACAUGAGAAGGGGAAAGACAGCGUCCAGAGUGAAUCUCAAGCUGCAAUGUACAUUCUGCAAUGAAAAGGUGGCCAAUAGAAGAUCGCUAGCAAGACAUAUGCGAAAGUUGCAUCCAGAGGAGAAAAUCAACCGAUGCCAUAUUUGUCACCUUUUCUUCAAAGGAGUUGAAUCUUUGGAAAAACAUAUCCGGGACGACCACAAUGGGUUUGCGCACAUGUGUACCAUCUGCAUGGAAGGAUUUGGAGAAGGGGAAAAAGAUGAACAUGAAAAGAGCUGCUUGGGGCGAUUAAUGUUCACUUGUUCCUUUUGUGAGGAACGUUAUACGAGUAAAGCAGUUAUAUGGAAGCAUCUUGAUAGUCAUGAAACUAAUGAGACUGAUAAAGAUUCUUCAUACAAAGAAAUGAGAAGUUUUCAAAAGAUAUAUUGCUGUGCAUUGUGCGAUGAUGGACGAGGCUAUGAGGAAAAUCCCUAUUGGAACCACAUUCAUCACAAGCAUGAUGGUCGACAUCUUCGAUGCUCAGAUUGUGGGAAAACGUUUCGUACGCGAAAACACAUGGUUGUCCACACAGGUGUCCAGUGUAAAGUUGGUCUAAAAGCUCGAGAGAAAGCUGCCCGGCUGCACCAACAAAUCGAAUCAUUCUGUCAAUUUUGUUCCAAAUCUUUUCGUAAUAGAACCUUGCUUCAGAAUCACGUCGCAAAAAUUCACAAGGCCAAACCGAUUGUGUGUGACGUUUGCGGAUUGAGUCUCGCAAACAGAAACCAAAUGCGGUAUCACAAGACCAAAGCCCACACAGAACCAACUGAGCAGUGUCCCCACUGUCCAAAGAUCUUCCAUCUUAUCACCGAUCUCCGACAACAUCUCACCACUCACGAAACCAUUGGUAAGUUUAUUUGCGAAGAAUGUGGUCAGUUAUUCAAACGAAAGGUCGGAUUGGAUCUUCAUAUCAAGUCACACCAGAAGGUUUCAGGACAAGCGAAUAAACGUUCGACUCUGCGUGGAUCGGGUAAUUUUGUGUGUGAAAUUUGCGAUAAGCGAUUCAAGCAUAACUAUUUGCUUGUGAGUCACAUGAAAAUCCACGAUCCAAAUAGAGUUUUAAUCAAAAAAUAUGACUGCAAAGAGUGCGACAAAAAAUUCGCUACGAGCGCUGGGCUUUAUUAUCACAUGAAGGGUAAAUAUGUGCACCAGAGGAUGUCUUGUCCUGUGUGUAAUGCACUUGUUAAGGGUAAAGCUCGAUUUCAGGAGCAUCUGGCAAUACACUCGGAGCAGAAUAUUUAA